UCAAAACUACCCAAUUUAUAAUGAUGACAAAGAAUCAAUCAAAUAAGCUUAAUACGAAGCUACCCCUCAUUCUCUCUCCUUCUUUUUCUCUCUAUAAGGAAACUACCUUUUCCCUGUAAUGCAGUAUUUUUGAUAAAGAUCCCAACUUUUUGCAACAGUUUUGAGAUUAAAAAAAAACCAUUUUGCCGGAAUUUAAACAUGUCAUCACCUUUCUCCGGCGACUUCUACGGUGCCGCCGGUGGAAUCAACACUGGAAGAUCUACCAUGAAUAACAACACCAACAGCAACAAUUCUCUUAGGCCUCUUUAUUCUUCACCGCUUUCUGGAAUUUUACCGGACCCGGUUACCCAGAUUGUUCAUCAUGGGAGACCUAGUUUAAUGGGGAAACGAUCUCUCGCUGAGUUUCAACAACAACAGCAAUUGCACUUUCUACAACAGCAGCAGCAGCAGCAGCAGCAAAAUCAACAGCAGCAGCAGCAGAUGAUGCUACUUCAACAACAGCAGCAACAACAACAAGGGCUUGGGUUUUAUCUGCGUAACGUAAAGCCGAGAAGUUACCAGCAGGCUUCUCCUAUAUCUCCUCUUUCCCCGGUAGAUUUUUCUGUUGCCGCUGCUGCUGCUUCUUCAAUUUCAUCUGAAUUCUCUUCGAUUUCUUCAAAUUCAAAUGCUUCCACGCGCCACCCUCUCCCUGUUAUGCUGCAACUCCGGUCACAGCAGCAUGGAUUUUUAACUCCACCUAUACACAAUUAUUCAACUGGGGUUUCAUCUCUAAAUCCGGUACAUAACAGAGCAUCCAUGGGAGUACAACAACAAUUGUUGUCACAGGAAUCGGAUAAAAAGAUGAUGAAUUGUCUACAAGAGCUCGAAAAACAGCUCUUAGACGACAACGACGAAGAAGAAGGUGAUACUGUUUCAGUUGUCACCAACAACGAGUGGUCGGAGACAAUACAGAAUCUGAUUACCCCCUGUCAGAAUCCGAACCAGAACCAGAACCAAAUUCAGAAACUGGCAUCACUAUCUCCGUCUUCGUCCACUUCUUCUUGUGCUUCUUCUACAGAAUCUCCACCAAUAUCUUGUCCCAAACAGUCUAUAAUUGAAGCUGCUACUGCAAUAUCAGAAGGUAAAACCGAUGUCGCAGUGGAGAUCCUCACGCGUCUAUCACAAGUUGCCAACGUCAGAGGUUCUUCCGACCAGAGGCUAACAGCAUACAUGGUUACAGCUUUACGGUCGCGCGUGAACCCCACCGAUUACCCACCGCCGGUUCUUGAGUUACACAGCAGAGAACACACGGACACUACUCAGAAUCUAUACGAGGUAUCCCCAUGUUUCAAACUCGGUUUCAUGGCUGCCAAUCUAGCAAUUCUUGAAGCUGUAGCUGACCACCCAUUCAACAAGCUUCACGUCAUUGAUUUUGACAUCGGCCAAGGCGGACAGUACUUGCAUUUACUGCAUGCACUCGCUGCCAAGAAAUCAGACAAGCCAGCCAUUCUCAAAAUCACUGCUUUCACAGAACAAGCAGGCGGAGUUGACGAGAGACUCAACUCUAUCGGUAUCGAGCUCAAAGUCGUGGCUAAUCGAGUCGGAGUUUGCUUAUUCUUCAACAUAACGGCUUGCAAGAUUACCGAAUUGAACAGGGAAAAAUUAGGCAUUGAGCCCGACGAGGCGUUAGCAGUGAAUUUUGCAUUCAAAUUGUACAGAUUACCCGACGAGAGCGUGACAACGGAGAAUUUACGGGACGAGCUUCUCCGUCGGGUGAAAGCGUUAUCACCGAAGGUGGUAACGGUGGUGGAGCAAGAAAUGAACUGUAACACAGCGCCAUUUCUGGCGCGCGUGAACGAAGCUUGUGGGCAUUACGGCGCCUUGUUCGACUCGCUAGACGCAACUGUGUCAAGGGAUAACUCGGAACGAGUCAGGAUCGAGGAGGGACUGAGUCGGAAAAUGGGUAACUCGGUAGCGUGCGAAGGGAGGGACCGUGUGGAAAGAUGCGAGGUGUUUGGAAAGUGGAGGGCCCGUUUAGGCAUGGCCGGGUUCGGGCCGAGGCCCAUGAGUCAGCUCGUUGCCAAUUCAUUGCGUGCGAAGCUCAAUUCGGGUACACGUGGCAAUCCGGGCUUUACCGUGAAUGAACAAAAUGGAGGUAUUUGCUUUGGUUGGAUGGGACGAAUUCUCACCGUCGCAUCUGCUUGGCGUUAACUUUGUCGUCAUUCACAUAAAAUUUUUAUUACUAGUAGUAUUAAAGAGAAAAAAUAUCUUGAUUAUUAGCUUAUUAAAUAUUAAUCUUCAAUGUUGAUUUGCUGUAUUAAGGGGUUUCUUUAAUUUUGGUCAUUGUUAAUGGAAAUUCAGUGAAAGAAAUGGAUGAUGUCCCACAUUCGAAAAA